ACACUACUGAUAACGCUGUGCUAAGAUAUCAGGUUACAUAAUAUACGCGCUGAGAGGAAUUUUCACAGGGAAUUCCCACUUUUGUUUCUGUCAAAAUGAAGAAAACGGAAUAAAUGAACAUAAUAUGAGAUGUUCCAAUUCAAAUUGUGGCUGGCAGGGUAACGGUAACUUCUGUCAGUCAUGUGGCAGUAAAAUGAUAGACAUACCUGCAGAAGUGUUGAUUAAAUGUAAUGGGACAUUCGAAGGUCAACCAUGCGGUGCAGACUGGAAACAGACACAAAACUUUUGUACUAAAUGUGGAACUCGAAUUGACAAAAGUCUUUUUAAACUUCUGUCAGAAAAAUGCGAGAGAUGUGAAACUAUUCUAGAGCCGGGAAGUUUAUUUUGCGCUGAAUGUGGCUUAAAGAAAGAAGCAUCCAAAGACGCUAAAACAGAAAAAGAAACUGUAAGAAGUGCUGACCAAGAAGCAUCAACCGUUGAUACUACACUUUCACCAAGUGAUGACAAGGCGUGCUCUACAGUUGAGGAAAUAAGUGACAGACUUGAAGGUAAACUACUUACAAACAAUGAUGAAAUAACGAGAAAUGAAAGUGUAAGAGAACAGACAGAAAACAGUCAGUUUGAAGCGGAAACUUGUAAACCUACUGAUGGUAAUGAUUUAGAAUUGAAAUCAACAUCUUAUGAAGAGGGUGAAACUAAUCAAAAGAGUCCAUUCAUUCCGAUUGAUGAUGUAGAUGCCUCAAAUGAUAACAAAACUGGGACAGGUGAAAUAGAAGAAACAAAAGGAAACCAAACAGAAAAAGAAUUAGUAAAACGUGCCAAACAAGAUGAGUCGACCUUUGAGAGAAAUAAUGUACUUGCACAAAGUAAUGAAAAAGAAGGCCCAAUUGUUGCUGAAAUAAAUGACAAACAUGAAGGCAUUCCUGUUUCAAAUGACGAUAAGAUAUCGAGAACUUUAAGUGGAACUGUGAGUGAACAAACUGAAAGAAAUGAUCCUGAAGGUAAAACUAGUGCACAUACUGGUAUGUAUGAUGUAGAAUCCAAACCAGGUUAUACUGAACAAAGGGAAGAUGCUCAAGUGUGUGAACCAAUAUUGAUUCAUGAUGCAGUUUUGUCAAAAGCAAAUUUCGGCAAGAAAGUUGAAAAAACAGGAACUGGAGGUACCAAAUCAGUUUGA